AUGCGUGACGAGAUGUGGAAUACUGCCACUGAGCCUAUUGCCAUCAUCGGCAGUGGCUGCAAGUUUCCCGGUGGCUCAACGACACCGUCCAAGCUCUGGGAGCUUUUGAAAGACCCCAAAGAUAUCGUCAGUGAAAUUAGACCUGACCGAUUCGACGUUGACAAAUACUUUCAUCCGGAUCAUAAACACCACGGAACCAGCAAUGUUCGCCACUCGUAUUUUCUGGAAGAAAACUUUAAGCAUUUCGAUGCCAAAUUUUUCGGAAUCAGGCCCCAGGAAGCCAUGGCCAUGGACCCCCAGCAACGGUUUCUGUUGGAAACGGUAUACGAAAGCCUGGAAGCGGCUGGAAUCACCAUUAGCGACCUCAAAGGGUCGCAGGCCGGAGUUUUCGUCGGCAAUAUGGGAGUGGACUACUCGGAGCUUUUGUCGCAGGAUAUAGAUGCGUUUCCGACAUACUUUGCGCCCGGGACGGCGAGGAGCAUCUUGUCGAACCGGAUCUCGUACUUUUUUGACCUGCACGGCCCCUCGGUCACGGUCGAUACCGCAUGCUCUUCCAGCUUGGUGGCCGUCCACCAGGCGGUGCAGAGCCUCCGCCUCGGCGAGACCCCGGUUGCCAUCGUCUGCGGCGCCAACCUGCUGCUGGGGCCGGCCCAGUAUAUUGCCGAGAGCAAGCUCCAGAUGCUUUCUCCAAACGGCCGCUCGCGCAUGUGGGAUGCGUCGGCGGACGGAUAUGCUCGUGGCGAGGGCUUUGCCUCCAUUGUGCUGAAGCCGCUCAGCGUCGCCUUGGCUAACGGUGACCAUAUCGAGUGCAUUAUUCGAGAGACUGGUUGUAAUCAGGAUGGUCGGACUAAAGGCAUUACAAUGCCCAGUCCACUCGCUCAAUGCAAACUCAUCCAGGAGACGUAUAAGCGCGCGGGCCUGGACCUCAGCAAAAGCUCAGACAGGCCGCAGUAUUUCGAGGCGCACGGCACCGGCACCCCGGCGGGAGAUCCCGUCGAGGCGGAAGCCAUCAGCACGGCAUUUUUUGGUCCCGAGAGCGGCUUUCGUAGAACAUCCCACGACCCAAAACUCUACGUCGGGUCGGUCAAGACUGUGAUUGGGCACACAGAAGGCACGGCCGGACUCGCCGGCCUGAUCAAGGCCUCGCUCGCCAUGAAGGCCAAGAGCAUCCCGCCGAACCUGCACCUGGAGCGCGUGAACCCCGCCGUCCAGCCGUUUUAUGGAAACCUCGAAAUCCCGACGCGGCUGAUGGACUGGCCCGAGCCCGCGCCCGGCCAGCCGCUCCGUGCCAGCGUCAACAGCUUCGGGUUUGGCGGCGCCAACGCGCACGUCAUCUUGGAGAGCUACACGCCGGCGGCCGAGGUUGCGAUGGUCACUCCCACGGCUGCCGCUGGCCCCGUCUUUUCCCCUUUUGUCUUUUCGGCCAGCUCGGAUAAGGCACUAGCAAGCAUGCUAUCUGCCUAUAGCGAUUACCUGAGUCUUAAUCCCACGGUUGACCUGCGGUCCGUCGCCUAUACCCUCAGUCAGCAUCGCUCCGUUUUCGACAAGCGAGCCGCAAUCUCUGCACCCGAUCUCGACACCCUCAAGACCAAGCUCAAGGCACGCAGUGAGGAAGCCAGUCCUAGCGGCAAGACAGCAGCAGUCCAGUCUCUGGAGCGACGUCCCCGCUACCUGGGCGUCUUUACGGGUCAAGGAGCGCAGUGGGCACGGAUGGGCGUCGAUGUUAUCAAUGCAUCUCCUGCAGCGAGGGCUAUUUUUGAAGACCUGGAACAGAGCCUCAAAACCCUGCCCGAAGAGGACCGACCAUCUUGGUCCAUGCUGGAGGAGCUGCUGGCGCCCCCCGAGACUUCGCGCGUCUACCAGGCCAACAUCUCACAGACCGUCUGCACUGCCGUCCAAGUCAUGAUGGUGCAGCUCCUGCGCGCCGCCGGCAUCGAAUUUUCGUGCGUCGUGGGCCAUUCCUCGGGCGAGAUGGCGGCUGCGUACACGGCCGGCUACCUGUCUGCCAGGGAUGCCGUGCGCGCCGCGUACUUUCGAGGCGUCCACUCGCAGUUGGCAAAAGGGUCAAACGGCCAGCCGGGCGGCAUGAUUGCGGUCGGCACGAAUUUCGAGGACGCCGAGGAGCUGUGCGAGCUCGACGACUUCAAGGGCCGCUUGUGCGUCGCCGCAAGCAACUCGGCCGAGCUCGUGACGCUCUCGGGCGACCUUGAUGCCGUGCAAGAGGUCAAGAAGAUCCUGGACGCCGAGGAGAAGUUCAACAAGCAGCUUCAGGUCGACAAGGGAUACCACUCGCACCACAUGCUGCCGUGCAGCGAGCCGUACGUCGCGUCUCUGCAAAAGUGCGGCAUCCAAGCGCAGGUGCCGGGCGAUGCGACGGCGUGCCGCUGGAUCUCGAGCGUCUACGUUGAUGACAUGACCAAUCUGGACUGCCGAGUCCAGGACAGAUACUGGAUUGAGAAUCUGGCCAAGCCCGUCAUGUUUUCCCAGGCGCUCUCCCAUGCCCUGGGCGGCGAUGACAAGUUUGACUCCGUCAUCGAGGUCGGCCCGCACCCGGCGCUCAAGGGACCAGCCAGCCAGACCAUCCAGGCCUGCCUCGGCGAAAGGCUGCCGUAUUUUGGAUGCCUGAGCAGGGGCACCGACAGCAACGAAGCCUUUGCAGAGUUUUUGGGUGGGGUCUGGUCGACCUUUGGCAGUUCGGCCGUCGACCUGGCCGCCUAUGAAAGAUUUGCAACUGGCGGCUGUGACCAACGCUUGGUCAAGGGGCUCCCGUCCUACACGUGGGAUCACGAUGUCGAACACUAUUUUCAGUCUCGCCUGUCCAAGGUCGUGCUGCACAGAAGCACACCGCCGAACGAGCUGCUCGGCACCAGACUCCCCGAUGAUACUGCGGGCGAGGUGCGGUGGCGCAACAGUCUACAUCCGGGAGAGCUACCAUGGCUGUUGCAGCAUUCGGCACAGGGUCAGACUGUCUUCCCGGGGACGGGCUACAUCGCAACCACGCUCGAGGCGGUCAAGCAGUUGUUUGAUAGCAGCGGGGUGCAAACGGUGGAGAUACGAGACAUGGUCAUCGGCAACGCUCUCGUCAUCGAGGCAAACACCGGGGUCGAGACGCUCUUUUCGUUGACCUUCAUAAACACCCAGACGGACCGCAUCACCGCCCACUUUUCAUUCUGCAGCCAGCAGGGCGGCAGCACCAAGCUGGUGGAGAAUGCAUCUGGAGACCUGGUGGUGCUUCUCGGUGAGCCCUCGGAGGAUGCGCUGCCCAGGAGUUUCCACCCAGGCACGCAGAUGAAGGACAUUGACGAGGAGCGCUUCUACGAGGCCAUUGACAAACUCGGCUACGGCUACGAGGGUCCCUUCAGGGCGCUUUCGCAGCUGCAACGCCGGAUGGGGGCUGCCACUGGUCUCGUGGCGAUCCCCGAAAAGACGAAGCACUUUGACCAGAUGGUCCUCCACCCCGCAGCCCUGGACGCCAUGGUACAGACCGUCCUGCUGGCCUACUGCUACCCUGGCGACACCCGCCUCCAGGGAAUCUCCCUCCCCACCGGCAUCGACUGCAUCCGAUUCAACUAUGGCAUGCUCAGCGAGGCGGCGAGACCCGGCUGUCAGCUCCCGUUCCUCUCCUGCACUGCUUUCGAAGGCGAUGACGUCUUGGGCGGGGUCGGAGGCGACGUGGGCGGCGAUGUCGACGUCUUCUCCGAGGACAAGAGGUUCGCGCUGAUUCAGCUCCAAGGCCUCCACACAAAGCCGCUGUCCCCACCGUCGGCCGCCACCGACCUGCAAAUCUUUUCCGAGAUGGAGUGGAAGACGGCAUCGCCCGAGGGGGCCGACAUGGAGGUGCGCGGCGAGAAGCGCGCCUACGUCGCCGACCUGUACUCGUCCAUGGAGCGCGUGGCCUACUUUUACAUGCGCCACGUGGAUCGCGAGAUUGGCAAGGACCGCUCCGGCCUGGCUCCCCACCAAGUUCGCUUCCUCGAGUGGGUGGAUCACAUGUGCGGUCGCGUCGAGGCGGGCACGCUUCCUCACAUCAGCCGCAAGUGGGACCACGACACUCGGCAAGACAUCCUAAAGAUCAUUGCGAAAUACCCCGACAGCAUCGACCUCGAGCUGAUGCACGCGGUCGGGGAGAAUCUCUGCUCCGUCUUUAGGGGGGAGAUGAACGCGCUGGAGCCCAUGGUCAAGAAGAACAUGCUCAACCGGUUCUACUCGGACGCCCUCGGCAUGUCGCCGUACACCGAGGACCUCGCCCGCAUGGUGGGUCACAUCACGCACCGCUACCCCCACAUGAACAUACUCGAGGUCGGUGCGGGAACCGGCGGUGCGACAAAGGUGAUGCUCAGGAGGCUCCAGGACGCCUUUGCCUCGUACACGUACACGGACAUCUCGAGCGGCUUUUUUGCCGACGCUCGUCAGGUGUUCAAGGCGCACGAGAGCAAGAUGUUGUUCAAGACGCUGGAUAUCGAAAAGGACAUUGUCGACCAGGGCUACGAGGAGAACUCGUUCGACCUGGUCAUUGCCAACUUGGUGGUGCACGCCACGGCCGACCUGGACGCCACCAUGGGCCGCCUCCGUCGCCUCGUCAAGCCCGGUGGUCAUCUCGUACUCUUGGAAAUCACCACCAACGACCCCCUGAGGUUCGGGUUCAUCUUUGGACCACUACCGGGCUGGUGGCUUGGAGGCGAAGACGGACGUGUCCAUUCCCCGUGUGUCGACGUCGAAUGGUGGGAUCGGGUCAUGAAACGGAAUGGUUUCUCCGGUGCAGACAUCGUCACGCCGCACCACACCCUGGGCCCACUCUCGGUGAUUAUGACACAGGCCGUCGACCACCGCGUGCAACUCCUCAGGCAGCCGACCAGUGCCGACUUUGGAGAUUUCACCAUCGAUCCCGAGAGGUUGACCAUAGUCGGAGGCGUCAAGCCGUUGGCAGAGGGCUUGGAGCAGCUGCUCAAGCCACGCUACCAGAGCGUCGCAUGGAUACCCACUUUGGAGGAGGUGUCGUCGCACAGCCUCCCGGUCAUGGGAAGCGUGCUGUCCCUCGUGGAGCUCGACGAGCCCCUGUUCAAAGACAUGACGGCCCAGACGCUCGAGGGCUUCAAGUUCGUGUUUCAGCAGUCCAGGAGCGUUUAUUGGAUCACCUGCGGAGCCUCGGGGGCGAACCCGUACUCCAACAUGGCCGCCGGUGUGGCGAGGACCGUCGCGCUCGAGAUGCGACACCUGCGCCUUGGAUUCCUAGACUUUGAAGACGCCAAAGAUGCCACCGUUCAGAGGCUGGCCGACAGGUUCCUCGAGUUUGAAAUCCUGGGCACCUUGGAGCAGCAAGGCAAGCUGGAUCACCUGACGUGGUACCAGGAGCCGGAGCUGAGGUUCGACGGAAAGAACCUUCUCGUUCCUCGAAUGAAACUGAGCAAAGACCGCAAUGGUCGAUACAACUCGCGCAGGCGGCAAUUGACCAAGAAUGUCAAUCCCCGCGAGGUUCCGGUUUCUUUGGUCCCUACUACUAGCGGAAAGGACUUUGUUCUCAAGGAGUCUCUGUCGUCGUCCUCCACCAAGCACGGGGCCCAGGACACGGUGUCGUUGAGAGUCCAUUACGCCAGUCAACGGUCGCUGAGGCUGGAGUCCUCAGACUACCUCUUCCUCGUCCUGGGCACCAACCUCUCUUCGGGCGAAGCCAUGUUUGCCCUGGCAGACUCCAACAGGUCGAUUGUGCACGUAGACCGGCAGUGGACGACGUCGUACCUUGGCAACCUGGAUCACGGCAGGCACGCACUGGCUGAUCUGUACACGCAGAUCAUGGCGUCGACGGUGGUGGCGGGGCUUUCCGCGGGCGACUCCCUCGUGGUGCUCGACGCGGAAACGCCCCUCUCGCAGGCCCUCUCGGCUCGCUGCGCCGCAAAGGGGGUGCGACUCACCCUGCUCAGCACCACCACCGCCACCUCGCACUCGGAGGCGGACGGUACCAACAAGACGAACGUCCGUAUCCACCCCUUGGAGUCUCGCCGAUCCAUCGAGUCGAAACUGCCGUCCAACGCCACCUGCUUCCUCGACCUCUCGACCAACAACGGCAGCGAGGCCGCGGCCGUCAUCAACAGCUACAUCCCGGCGCAGUGCCGCGUGGAGACGCGCGACACACUGACGGCGACCGCAUGCCAGGUCACCAGGUCCACCUCCACCGGCGGCCUGGGCCCUGCGGUCGGCGACGUCUUGCCUGCCUGCUGGGCCAACGUCGAGGCCGCGGGGCGAGACUUGUCCUUCUUCUCGGCCGCCGUCGUCACUCCCACCGAGCUCACCGCCGCGGCCGGGAACGGGAAGACGAGCGCCCCCAGAGUUGGCGAUGAUGCCCUUUUGCUUAUCACGGACUGGACCGCCGAAGCAGAGGUCGGUGUGCUGGUGCAACCUGCCGACUCCAUGGUGAGAUUCAGACAGGACAAGACUUAUUGGUUAGUUGGUCUCACCGGAGGCCUUGCCCUCUCGCUCUGCCGUUGGAUGGUGAACCGAGGUGCCAGAUAUGUCGUCAUGACGAGCCGCAAUCCAAAGAUUGAUAAGGAGUGGCUUCAAGGCGUGGAAUCUUGUGGUGCUACGGUCAAGAUAUUUUCCAACGACGUGACCGACCGUGCAGCAGUCAACUCAGCCUACCGUACCAUUUCUGCCACCCUGCCUCCGAUUGCCGGCGUCGUCCAAGGUGCCAUGGUUCUCCGAGAUACCAUGUUUGCCGAGACAACCAUGGAGACCAUCGAAAGCAUCCUCGGGCCCAAGGUCCGCGGUAGCAUCUACCUCGACGAGAUAUUCUACUCGACGCCUCUGGACUUUUUCGUCUUCCUGUCCUCUGUCACCGCCACAUCUGGAAACCCCGGACAGAGCAUCUACGCCGGAGCCAACAUGUUUAUGAACUCGCUUGCGGCCCAGCGCCGGAAGCGAGGCGUUGCCGGCUCCUCGGUGGAGAUCGGCUGCAUCAUGGGCAACGGCUCCGUGACGACCAUUCUGAGCUACGAGCACCAAAAGUACCUCUUCUCGGUCGGCAACACGUGGCUGGCCGAGCAGGACUUCCUCACCAUGUUUGGCGAGGCGGUCCUCGCGAGCCCACCCGACGCGCCGGACUCGGUCACCUCGGUGACUGGUCUCCGUCUGCAGUUCAAUGACGACAAGCCGGAUAUCACGUGGUUCAGCAAUCCAAUUUUCCAACACUUGGUUCUGCAAAGUGGCAACGCCAUGCAGACUUCCUUGAGCGUGGCGAGGCAGGGUACUCCGGUAAAGAGCCUUCUUCAAGAGGCCAAGAGCUCUGAGGAAGUGCUCGACAUUCUCAAAGACGCAUUCACGGCAAAGCUGGUCUCGUCGCUCCAGGCCGACCCAGACAGCAACCUCCUAGAGGUGGAUCUGGAGACGCUUGGCAUGGAUUCACUGGUCGCCGUCGACCUGCGAUCAUGGUUCUUGGCAGAGCUUUCCGUCGAUGUUCCCGUCUUGAAGAUUCUGAACGGCAGCACUGCCCGGCUGCUGCUUGAAUUUGUGCAGGGCCUGAUUCCCGCGUCCAUGACUCCGAAGCUCGACGGCUCAGAUGGAGCCGACGCCGCAGCACAAGAAGCGCCGCCAGUGGCACCGCCAGUGACGAAGCCCAAGCCCGACGUUUCGGUCAAGGUGCCGCCGCCCCAUCAACCGGUGGCUUCCCUCAAGCCAUCUGGCCCCGCUUCUCCGACCUCUCCAUCGUCGGCAACAGCAUCCCCAGGGCGGUCCCGCUCCGUUGCCUCACCAGUGACGGCGGACACGCCCGUCUCUCCCACGACUUCUGCAUCGAUGGCGUCGCUCAACGACUCGAGGAAGCUCAUACGGACCGUCCCCGUCUCCUUUGGCCAGUCGCGCUUCUGGUUCCUGGGGUCGUACAACCCCGACCCGCUGGCCUUCAACAUCACGUCGUUGAUGCGCAUCAGCGGCCCGUUGAGGACCAACGAUUUCGGCAAGGCCGUCGACAAGGUCCUCAACCACCACGAGGCCCUCCGCACCUCGUUCGUGUCGGAGAACGAUGCCCCGGUGCAAAAGAUUUGGAGCUCGCCCGCCUUUGCACUCGAGCAGCGCAAGAUUGCCGACGACGAGAGCGAGGUUGUCAAGGCCUACACCGAGGUCCAAAACACACGCUAUAACCUCGAGGCGGGCCAGACCAUGCGAAUCAUGCUUCUCACGAAAUCGCCGACCAAGCACGUCCUCGUUCUCGGCUACCAUCACAUCAACAUGGACGGAGUCAGCUUCGAGGUGCUCUUUAGCGACAUUGAAAAGGCCUACAACCGCACACCUCUGGAUCGUUCGGUGAUGCAGUUCCCCGACUUUACCAUCAGGGAAGCCGGCGAGUACAAGUCUGGGGCGUGGAGAUCCGAGCUGCAGUAUUGGCAGAGCAAAUUCACCAGCCUCCCCGAGCCGACACCUCUCUUGUCCGUCUCGAAGCGAAGGACGAGGCCCGUCAACCUCAGCUACACGACGCACUCGGUGAGCCGCAGGAUCAACGCCGAGCAGUCCCAGGCAAUCCACACCGUUGGCCGUAAAUUCAAGGCCACCCCCUUCCACUUCUACCUCUCGGUCUUCAAGACCUUGAUCGCCCGCUUCAGCGGCGCCGACGACUUUUGCAUCGGGAUCGCCGACGCCAACAGAAAGGAAGACAAGGUCAUGGGUGCCGUGGGCCUCUAUCUCAACCUCUUGCCCCUCCGCGUGCGGAGCGCACUCGGGCAAACAUUCGGUGAGACCCUGGCCGACAUGAAGAAGGUGUCGCAGGAGGCGUUUGCCAAUUCCAAGGUCCCCUUUGACGUCCUGCUCAACGAGCUCAGCGUGCCGCGCUCGUCGUCACAGACGCCUCUGUUCCAGACGUUUGUCAACUACCGACGCGGUGUUUCCGAGGAGCGGUCGUUCUGCGGCUGCACCGGCGCGGGCGAGCUCAUCUCUGGCGGGCAGAUUGGUUACGACAUCAGCCUGGACAUUGUCGAAAACCCCGGCGGCGACGCUCUGGUGACUUUGAGUGUCCAAAAGGAUCUGUACAACGUCGACAUGGCGAAUCUGCUGCUCGACAGCUACUUCCGGCUCGUCGACUCCUUUGCCAAGAACCCCGCCACCAGCUUGAACCGUCCGGCCAUAUACGACCCCGUUGCGGUGGACAAGGCUUUGACGUUGGGCUGCGGCCCCACUCUUGAAGAUUCGAGCUGGCCAGAGACCCUGAUCCACCGCAUCGAAAACAUGUCUGUCAAGUAUGCGACAAAGUUUGCCUUGCGCAACGGCCAAAACGGUGGCCUCACGUACUCUCAGAUGAUUGCCCGAAUCAAUGACAUUGCGGCAAAGCUGAUUGACGCAAAGGUCGGUACUGGAAUCGUGGGCGUGAUGCAGGCUUCCACCAUGGACUUUAUUUGUUCCAUUCUUGCCGUUUGGAAGGCCGGUGCCAUUUAUACGCCUUUGGAUCCACGCCUCAACUCAACCGAUCGCCUCAAGGCCGUCGUGGACGAAUGUCAGCCUGCAUGCAUCCUAGUGGACGCCACCACCAAGCCCUUGUUCGACAGCUUGGCAACCAACGCCGUCCAGAUCGACGUUUCGAUGGUGCAAAGCUCCAAAACGCUGGAAGCAUCACCAAAGGUUGCCAUACACGCAAAGGCGCCCUCGGCGGCUGCCGUCUUUUACACGAGCGGUUCGACCGGCGUCCCCAAGGGCAUCACACUAAGCCACGCCUCCCUGACGUACAACAUCAUGGCGGCGACGCGGCAGUUCGGCUUCAAGGAGGGCGUCGACAUCAUGCUGCAGCAAUCGUCCUUUAGCUUCGACAUGGCAUUGGCGCAGAUGCUUACGUCGCUCUCCAACGGCGGCACCCUCGUCGUGGUCCCGUCCCACCUGCGCGGCGACGCGUUGGGCCUGAGCCAGCUCAUCGUGGCCGAGAACGUCAGCAUCGUGCAGGCGUCACCCACGGAAUACAAGUCGCUGAUUGGCGUCAACGCCCAGCACCUCAAGACUUCCAAGUGGAGGGUGGCCUUGAGUGGUGGCGAGAACAUGACUCAGAGCCUCCUCGAGGUUUUCCGCUCGCUCGGCAAGCCCGACCUCGUCCUUUUCAACGGCUACGGGCCCACCGAGGCCACCAUCAACGCCAACACCCGCAUAGUGCCUUAUCAUGAGCCGAACAGCAACCCCGACCUGCCACUGCUGACCUGGCCAAACUAUUCCAUUUCCAUUGUCGAUCUGGAGCUCAACCCGGUCCCGGUCGGCGUCUUCGGCGAGGUUUGUAUCGGUGGUGCCGGCGUCGGCCUGGGCUACUUCAAAAACGAUGAACUCACGGCAAAGGCAUUCGUGGCCGACAAGACGGCGCCUGCCGAGUUCGUGGCCAAGGGCUGGAAGACCAAGUUCCGAACGGGCGACCUCGGACGCCUCAGUCCCGACGGCGGUCUGAUCAUCGAAGGUCGCAUCGACGGCGACACUCAGGUCAAGCUCCGGGGCAUGCGCAUCGACCUGAAGAACAUUGAAUCGGCCAUCUUGCAAGCCGGCGCCGGCAAGAUCAUCGACGCCGCCGUGUCCGUCCGCCGAGGUGGUGCCGACGAGUCGGAACCGCAGUACCUCGUCGGCCACGUCGUGCUGGAUGCCGAUCAGACUCCCGAGGACAGCCAGCAAGACUUCCUCGCCCAGCUCAUUCCCCGCCUCAGGCUGCCCCGGCACAUGAAGCCGUCCCUGCUCGUGCCCAUCCGCGCCUUGCCCCAAACCGCCUCCCACAAACUUGACCGCCGCGCUCUGCAGCAGCUGCCCAUCUCGGACGCGGGCCAGAUUGCCAAGCAGUCGCAGCAGGGUGCCGAACUCGGCUCCGAUCAGGCUCGGAUGUGGAAGCUCUGGAAGCAGGUCAUCCCGCGCGACGUCGUUUCGCAAUACUCCAUCACGCCGCAGUCUGACUUUUUCCACGUCGGCGGGACCUCGCUCCUCCUUGUGAACCUGCAGAGCCUGAUCGCAAGGGAGCACGGCCGCGCGCCACCCCUGCACGCAAUGUUCGAGUCAAGCACGGUCGCGGCCAUGACCGACUUGGUGCUCUCGGAUGACGCAUCCGGCAGCACCGCCCUGAUCGACUGGGAACAAGAAACCUCGAUCCCGACGCUGCCGCCACACAUCAUCCCCGGCGGGGCAGGGAACAAGGUCUCGGUGCCGCCCAGGGUGGUCCUGCUCACGGGCGCGACGGGGUUCCUGGGCCGCCAGCUCAUGGCCUUUUUGCUGCGCCAGCCCAGCGUCAAGCGCAUCCACUGCCUGGCCGUGCGCGGCGGCGCUCCUCCCUCGUCGGCGGCCCCCUUCUCGGACCCGCGCGUCAGCAUCCACGCCGGCGACCUCAACGCUCCCCACCUGGGCCUCGGCGAGGCCGUGGCCGAGUUGCUGUUCGCCCAGGCCGACGUCAUCAUCCACAACGGCGCCGACGUGUCGUUCCUCAAGACCUACGCCACCCUGCGCGCGACCAACGUCGGCAGCACGCGGGAGCUGGCCCGCCUCGCCGCCCCGCGCCGCAUCCCCUUCCACUUUGUCUCGAGCGCCAGCAUCACGCAGCUGACGGGGCUGGACGAGUUUGGCGAGGCCAGCAUGGCGGCCUGGGCCCCGCCCGCCGACCCCAGAGGCAUGAGCGGCGGCUACGCGGCCGCCAAGUGGGCGUCCGAGGUCCUCUUGGAAAAGGCGGCGCGGGCCUGGGGUCUGCCCGUCGUUAUCCACCGGCCGAGCAGCAUCACGGGCGAGGGCACCAAUAGCCUCGACCUCAUGGGCAACAUGUUCAAGUACAUUGAGCAGCUCGAGGCCGUGCCCGAGUCUGAUUCCUGGAAGGGCAACUUUGACUUUGUGUCGGUCGAGAACGUCGCUGCCGACAUCGUCCAGGCCGUCGUUGCCGCAAACGUUGUGGCCGCCGGCGGCGUCAAGUUUAUCUACGAGGCUGGGGACAUUGUUUAUCCGUUGUCCAUGGUCAAGGAUAUGUCUGAGGGGGGUGCCAAGUUGCCUGUCAAGACGAUGCCAUUGGCAAAGUGGGUUGAGAAGGCGGCAGAGAAGGGAUUGGACUCCAUGCUGGCUGAAUACCUCAUCAAGGCAGCCAGCACGGGCACCUCUCUGGCCUUUCCCAGACUGCUGAAGGACGGGAACUGA